GGGCGGCCCAUGUUAAUGAGCGCGCGGCUUUAUCCCACCUGCCCGGCCGGCUCCCCUCGCGUCGCCGCCGCCGCUGCCGCUCGCCAUGCCGCGCUCCUUCCUGGUCAAGAAGCCCUCGAGCACCCGCGUCCCCAACUACGGCCAGCUGGAGACGCGCCGCCAAGAAUCCAAUGGAUACUGCCCCACCUGGAAAGGGGUGGUGUUACCCCUCCUCAUUCAGGACGGCGCGGCUGGCCGUGCCGCCCCCUGUGAAGCUGGCAGCUUCUGGGACCGGGGCUCCGUCAUCGCCUGCCUGUCCCCCGUCCUUCCACAGAGCAGCGAGGCCAAAGGGGAUCCCGGCUCAAACCCCCAAGUUGGGGCCAGGGAGGCCCCAGGAGACAGCCGGGUCUCUGGCACUCCUCUCCGAGAUAACCAAAACAACCUCAAUCUCCCAUCGGCGUUCAGCCUGCCCCAAAGGAGGACUCCCCAUCUGGGCAGCUCGGCGGAGGGAGGCGGUGAUGGACUGCUGGGCGAGCGAGGGGUGGCCGCUGACCCACUGGAGAGGUUCGAGUGUCCGGACUGCCGCAAGCCCUACGGCACCUUCUCGGGCCUGGCCCGCCACCGGCAGCAGCGCUGCAGGCGGCAGGCGGUGGCAGCAGCGGCGAGGAAGUAUUUCAGCUGCAAGUACUGCGACAAAGAGUACGCCAGCCUGGGGGCCCUGAAGAUGCACAUCCGCACGCACACGCUGCCCUGUGUGUGCAAGGUCUGCGGCAAAGCCUUUUCCCGGCCGUGGCUGCUGCAGGGGCACAUCCGGACGCACACAGGUGAAAAGCCCUACACCUGCUCUCACUGCAGCCGGGCGUUUGCUGACCGCUCCAACCUCCGCGCUCACCUGCAGACGCAUUCCGACAUCAAGAAAUACCAGUGCCACACCUGCCUGAAGACCUUCUCCCGAAUGUCGUUGCUCUUGAGGCACGAGGAGGUGGCUUGCUGUCCGGCAACUUGAUGCCGUAUUGCACUGGGCUAGCUGGGAAUUAUUUUUUUUUAAAGAGAAUGUCAUCCGAAACCA